AAUGGCACCCAAGAAACCUCCCAAGAAACCCAAGCCUCCCAAGAAGCCAAAGCCGCUCGUCAAGAAACCCGUCAAGAAGCCUGGCAAGAAGGGCGUCAGAUUACCCAGCAAGAAGCCUAUCAAGAAGUUGCCUGUCAAGAAACCUUCUCCCAAGAAGUCCAAGCCGCCUGCUAAGAAGGCUCCUGCAAAGAAGGCUCCUGCAAAGAAAGCUCCUGCAAAGAAGGCUCCUAUCAAGAAACCUCCCACCAGAAAGCCUCCUGCCAAAAGGCUCCUAAAGCCUCCUGCCAAAAAGGCUCCUGUCAAAAGACUCCUGUCAAGAAACCAAGCAAGAAGCCAUCGGGGAAAAAGCCUCAAGAAACCUUCUGGAAAGGAUCCUUCUGCGAAGAAGCCGCCGUCAUCCAAGAAGCCUGACAAGAAGCCUGACAAGAAACCUGGCAAGAAGUCACCACCUACCAAGAAGCCUGACAAGAAGCCGGCGCCCGUCAAGACGCCGGUCAAGAAGCCCGACAGUAAACCUGAUAAGCCUGGAAAGACGCCCGAUAGCAAGCCGCGCAAGAAGCCACUACCAGGGAGCAAGCAACCACCGUCAGGCGGCAAGAAGCCACUCCUAGACAAGGCGCCACCAUCGAAUAAAAUAAUGCCGAAAGGCAAGAAGCCAUUGCCAGACGAGAAGCCGCCAGAGAAGGCUGCAUCAGAUAAAAAGUCUCCAUCAGACAAGAAGCCAGAUACCAAUCAGGUCCUGACAACAAGCCACUGUUGGGUGGAAAUCCAUCACCUGGCAAUACGCCAGCAUCCGAUUAGAGAUCGCCUUCUGCGAACAAGCCAUCGCCUGAUCUGGAAGCAGGGGCCAGAUAGUAAAAGGCCGUCCGAAAACAGCUCAGAGUCUCCGAACCCUUUUCCGCGGGCACAGCCAUGGAGAUCAGCUCUCAAGAAUACCCUCGACAAGAAUCCACUGCAGCGAGACUCUAGUGCAAAGCCAUCAUCGAGCAAACCCUCUUCUAAAGCAUCAUCUAUUGCCAGGAGCUUGUGUCCAAAAGCGAAGAGUAGGUCGACGCCACCAAUUGUUGAGAGCGAUGGAUCGAUGCCAUCUCCUCAGGAUUUGCGAUUAGCUUGGUUGCUCUUACCAUUCGCUCCUGCUGCGUCAAGCGCUCUGGCAGGUGCUGAUACUCCAAGAGUCCUGGCAACGCUGUUAUUGAGCCUUCUGCCAUUCAACGUGGGUGGCGUUAUGAUGGCGGCUGUACAAGUGCACAAGGGAGAGGAAGCGUCCUCUUCAUACAACACGUUUUCUUCGAGUAACAUGUCCUCUUUUGGAAGCACAUCUUCCACGCAAAACAUGUCCUCGUCGAACAACGCUUGGUUGGCCAACGCAAGCGGCUCUGCCUCGUCACUCAGAGGUAGCAGUAGCAGCAGCAGCGUCAACAGUUCUUCAUCGAGCAGUUCUUCGUGGAGCAGUGUCUCGUCGGGCAGUUCGUCGUCAAGCUCUUCAUCAUCGAGCUCUUCUUCAUCAAGUUCGUCCUCGAGCUCAUCAUCGAGCAGUUCGUCGUCAAGCUCAUCCUCGUCAAGUUCUUCUUCAUCAAGCUCGUCUUCCUCGUCUAGCAGUUCUUCUUCAAGCAGUUCUUCAUCCGGUAGCUCCUCAUCAAGCAGCUCUUCGUCAAGCAGUUCGAGCGGG